UUUCCCCCAGGAAUGUGCUUACUAUGUAGAUAUGACCACUCUUAUUGUAUGUUAUUAGCUAUGUAUAUCAAUAUUACCAUUAAUGUAGUUUAAAGUCAGCUUCCUUAUAUUCAUAGACUGCAAUAUUUGAUAUAUUAUUUUUUAUUUAAGCAUAUCUUUACAACCAUAUUGCAUGUUUAUGUUCUGAGUAGGGCUGCUAAUAUUAUUAAUUAUAUUAGAAAAUGCUACGUUUUAUUGCUGUCAUGGUUAAAACAACUAAACACAUAAUGUACGAGGCUAAAUAAAAUAUUAAAAGAAAAUGUACUUUUAUGGAGCUGUAUGGUGAGACAAUUUUUUAUUUUUAGUUUAAAUGUUCUAUCUAUUUUGCAGAGUAACAGUAAAAGUUAUGGUCUUUUUGGAUUCUCCUCGAGAAACACUGUAACGUGCAACACAUUUCGUUCUUUCACCAAACUAUUGUAACAUCUGAUAAACAUUGCGUUUGCCCUCAAAAAACACUUUCUUCCAACCUCUAUUACUACUCUACUAUACUAUUUCCAUCAUGAAAGUUCUGACCGCAAAAAUGUUUCUUGGAUGAACACAACACUUUUGCGAGCAAGCAUACUGAAAAUACAAGUUUUUUAAUAUAUAUAUAUAUAUCCAACAGCACAAUGUCUUAAUUUAACACUAUUCUCAAUGGUUGACCCCCAAAACAGCCACAGAAUGUAACCAUUAAUGGUCACAGGUUAUUCAGUUCAAGUUUAUUUGUAUAGCACUUUUCACAAAACAAAUUGUUGCAAAGCAGCUUUACAGAAAAUUAAGUUUCUACAAUAUAUUUAGUCGUAGCUUAUCAGUGGUGACUGUCAAAUUGAUGUACAUCUGAUAGAAAUGUACAGUAAAAUUCAGUUAAUGAUGUAAUCAAACAAACGAUGAACACUAUUAACAGCAAUGAUUAUAUGUUGCAAUCAAACUAAGAUAAGGUAAACUAGGUAAGAGUAUUCUUUUUUUUUCUUUCCAGCUGUCCAAAAUCUAAUUGCUGUUUAACCUCUGCCUGUUAGUCAUGAGAGUAUGAGACAGCUGCUUCUAUAAAUAACCAAUCCCCUCUCAAAUACCUCCCUCCUCAUGCUCUCGCUCAGAACUCUUCUGUUCUUGGGUUGACGCACAUGCAUAUGUUGUUGGAAAGAAAGCAGAAGAAACACUCCAUAUCUCCUAAAGGCUGAUAGCUCUAAGAAGAUUGCUUGAGCUUGGGAGCUGACAAACACAGCCAUGAAGAACUUGAAGUUCCUAGCAGCCGAGGGCUUUGUUCAAACCGGCCAAAAUGCAUGUAAGAACCUCCAUUGCUUGUCUUAUGAUCUCUAUCCAAUCCUCUUCAAAGCCAGCUAUCUGCGUGAGGAGGCCUCAAUGCUCCACGACUUGGUCCAGACGUGGCCUCUGACAGAGAUCAACUUGCGCAAACUAUUGAGCAGGACAGUGGACUGUCCAGAUGAUCUCACGUCCCACACCUGCAGGCUGUGUCUGGAGGCCAUUCUCACAGGUCUGAGGGACUAUGUUCUUCAAGCUCCAAGCACAUAUGCAAAAAUGUUACGUGUGGUGGAUCUAAUUGGUCUGCAAGACAUAGAACACCAGGUCUGUUCCUGCAGACGGACUCUUGGCCGUUGGGCAAGAACCGAGCUACUUACCCGCAUGUGCUACGAGACUAUGGUGUCCAUGCAGGCCGGCCAAGCAGCACCAUCAGCAUUUGAUGUGGAGAUAGAUGUGCGCUUGGAUGCUUUUGUUACUGGACGGAGCUAUGAGGUGGUGACUCAGGCUCUGUUGCUGCGCAAACACUGCCCGUUAAAACUGAACUUUGUAGGUCUGCGUGUGGACUCGCUUAGCCUCAGGAACCUCUUUUACCUUCUGAAGCUGGUGGAAUCACAUGGCCUGCAGAAGCUGGAAGUGGUGCACAAUGUACAUCUGGAGGCUCCACACAUUGAGGUACUGCUCUCCCAGCUAAAGUUCCCACAGCUGCGCUCGCUCACGUUUCCUGCGCAGGCUUUUAAUGUCCACAGGUUGGGUCCGGAGGAUGAGGGCCUCAUGGGAGUUCUGGGUGAGCUGAUGAGCCAACUGACUGAACUGAGAGAGCUCUAUCUGGGGUUCUCCACACUUACAGGACGUCUGAGGAAACUGCUGAGUCCACUGAAUACUCCACUGCAGUGUAUUGAGUUAGCGAACUGCAGUCUUAACGCAGUGGACAUGGCCUACUUCGCCAACAGCCUGCACAGUGAACACAUAGUAAAGCUGGACUUGAGCGGUCAUGAGGUAGCCGACCUCUUCCCCAACACCUUCCGGAAGCUUCUGCAUCGCUGCUGUGCCACACUCACUAGUCUUGGUCUGGAGGAGUGUGGACUGGAUGAUGAUAAACUGGAUGUGCUCACACAAGCACUGACACCCUGUCAUGGGCUAGAGGAGUUGAAGAUCCUGGGUAAUCCACUGAGCACACCUGCUCUGCGCCAUCUUUUUAAUAUGCUGGCUCUGGGUUUCCCUGCAUUGAGAUAUGUUGAGCUGCCUGUCCCUCGUGACUGUUAUCCUGAAGGUGUAACCUAUCCACUGGAUGAUAGGACGCUGAUAAAUUAUGACACAGAGAAGUUCCAACAAGCCAAGACUGAACUUGUUGGCAUCCUAGAGAGGGAGGGAAAAGGACAUAUAGAAGUCUGCACGCCAUUAUUCGGAGCCUAUGAUCCUGACAUCAAUGAGACGAGCAAUGAGCUGGGAGUCUCCAUGCUGCACUCCUUCAACAGUGUCAUAGGAAACUUCAUUGACACAGUAAACAGUGUUACCCAACGGAGAGAGCAAAGAAUGAUGGAGUGAUAGUGCUUAAAAUUCACUUGCAAUCCCAGGAAUAAAAAGAAAGUAUAUUCAUAUAGAAAAG